CACAUUAAACUUUUCGUCAUAUUUGAGUUUUUUACCAUGGCGUUUUCAUCUUCACAAAUUUCAUACCAGAUUCCGGAUUGUAAUAUAAAAAACGGUUACGAUUCACUAAUAGGAGUUUGCAACACAGAAUCUUUGUUAGAGUGCUCUGCCAAGUGCAUCAAUAACUGUAAAUGCUUUGGUUUUAAUCCACUGUCAAAGGUUUCAAACUGUCGCUUACACCGCAGUUGUGAAAAGGCUAAUUCCACCAGUGAUGGGAACAACUGGAUAUAUUUUAAUCCUAGUGGUAAAGGCCUUCUUGCCAAAAGUUGCUUGGAUCUAUUCAAUGCUGGACGGAAUUGCUCAAGACUAUACACCAUUUACCCAUGGAUGGACUACGAUCGACCUGUGGAAGUUUUCUGUGAUAUGUCUACAGAUGGCGGUGGUUGGACGAUUAUACAGAGAAGAUUGGACGGAUCUUUAAGUUUCAACAGACCAUGGACAGAAUAUAAACAAGGAUUUGGGAAGGCCGAUAGCGAGCAUUGGUUAGGCAAUGACUAUAUUCAUCAACUGACGAUUUCUACACCCUCCUUGUAUGUGGGAAUUACAUUGAAUAAUGGAACAUCAUUCUAUGCGCAUUACCCUCAAUUCUCAAUCUCAGAUGAGACAGAUGGCUAUAGACUCCACUUAAAUGGAACAGCUUUGGGAACUCUUGACGAUAGCAUGAGAGCUGCUGCAGCAAUGAAUAUAACUGGUUGGAGAUUUUCCACCCCAGAUAGGGACUAUGAUGCAUGGCCAGAAGGAAGUUGUUCCUCACACUUUAAAGGCGGGUGGUGGUUUAACUGGUGCUCACACACCUUUCUGAACGGUGAAUGGGGACUAGCUUCCUGGGAACGUCCAUGGAUUGCACAGGUUUCCGACGGAACGAGUGUCGCUUCAACAGUAAUGAUGAUUCGUUAAAGAUGAUUGUCAGACUUUAUCUUUUGCAUCUCGUGCAAAAGCGGAGAGUAAUUUCUAUUUUAAAAAAAAAUAAGUAAAUAAACUUAUUCAAUUUGAACAUUAUUUAUCUCUUCAAGGGUAUUGAAAUAUCAUUCUAAAUUAAGUGAAUUUCAUGGGAUCAAUGAACUUUGUAAGACAUGCAGUAUUCCAAUCUUGUACGAAUUUAGCUACUGAGUAGCAUUAAGAACA